CAUACCAAAAGGGCAAUAGCUAAUGGUGUUGGUGGAGCUUUUUGUGAGCCAUCCAGGUGGCGGUAGCUCGAAGAUAAACAUUCCAUUUUUUCUUCCCUCCUUUUCUUCCGUCGCCUUCGAUUCAACUCCUUGCCCACGGCCAGCAGGCCCUAAAAUCCCACUUUGCUGGCCGUUCCAUGGGCUGAGGCUUGCGGCUGCCCUGGUUUAAAAUUUGCCCAGCGUCCAGAGCCAACGGGAAAAAAGACGAGAAAAAAAAAACCGCUCCAGGAACCAACAAAGCGCAACUCUACACAUCGGGCAGGAGAAGCAACCGGCAAUCGAAUAGGGGCGUGGGGUUACCACACCCCCCCUUUCCACCCCCGUCACCCAACCCCUAAGAGGGCGGCCCCAAGACAAGGAGAGGAGCAACCAUGGCUGCCGCAGACGGCCCCCCGCGGCGCCGGAUCCUCUUCCUGGACGCCUACGACUCCUUCUCCAGCAACAUCACGUCCAUGCUGGAGACGCAGCUCGACGUCGACGUGCACGUGCUGCCCAUCGACCACGCCGCCGCCUCGACGGGUUCCGCCGCCUUUGCGCGCGAGCUGGCCCACUACGACGCCGUCGUGUGCGGACCGGGCCCGGGCUCGCCCGCCGUCGCCGCCGACGUGGGCCUGAUGCGCCGCGUCUGGGCCCUGCCCGACGCGGACCUGCUGCCCGCGCUCGGCGUCUGCCUCGGCUUCCAGUCGCUGGUGGAGGCCGAGGCCGCGGCGGAAACGGCGGCGGGGAGGAGGAGUACCAAGGGCGCCGCGGUGCGCAGGCUGCGGCGCGCGCUGCACGGCAUGGUGCGGCCCAUCGAGCACCGCGGCCUGGUACGGGACAAUGAUGAUGAUGAUGGCGGCAGUGGCAGUGGCAGUGGCGGCGGCGGCGGCGACAUCUUCGCCGGCGUGGGCGAGUUCCGCGCAACGCUGUACCACAGCCUGUGCGCCGACGUCGGGCAGGACGCGGUCCCGGAGGCCGAGUGGCGGCGUGGGAGGGGCAAGUGGGAGGCGGGCCCUGGGAGCGGCGAGCUGGUGCCGCUGGCCUGGGUCGAGGAGCCGAGGGAUGGCGAGGACGAGUGCGGCGGCGGCGGCCCCGAGCGGGUCCUGGCGGCGGUGCGGCACCGCAAGCGGCCCUUCUGGGGCCUGCAGUACCAUCCGGAGUCGGUCUGCACCGAGCUCGAGGGCGCAAAGGUGGUGGUCAACUGGUUCCGCGAGACCGUGUCGUGGAACGAGGCGCGCGGCCGCGUCAUCGACCGCGGGCACGACAUCCUGGCCGGGCGGUCCAGGCGCGCGAGCCUGCUCUCGCAGAUCCCGUCUGCUGUAAAGGAAGAAGAGCAGCAAAAGCAGCCACCGUCCUGGCGCUCGCACGCCCUCGACUUCCAGCACUCAACCGACAGCAUCCCGCUGCCGCCCGGGGUCGGCGUCGUCGACAUCGUCGAGAUCCUCGGCCAGGCCGGCGGCGGCGGCGGCGGCGAGCAGGUCGUGCUCGACUCGGCCAGCGCAUCGGCCGGUGGCGCGCCCGACAUCCGCGGCCGCUACAGCAUCGUGGCGCUCGACGUGCCCGAGGCGCUGCGGCUCGAGUACCACGCCGGCGACCGCCACUUGACCGCGGUCCUGCCCCCAGCCGCUAGCAGCAGCGGCGGCGGCGGCAGCAGCAGCACGGCGGCACCGACCAAGUCGCGCGAGGAGGUGCCCCUCGGCGGCCACCCGAGCAUCUGGCACUUCCUGGCCGGCUUCCACGAGGCGCGGCGGCUCCCGCUGGACGGCGUCGCCAGGCCCGUUGCUGCUGCCCCUCCCCGGCCGGCGGCGGCGACCUGCCGUUCAUGGGCGGGUUCAUGGGCUUCGGGCCACCGCCGGCCCGACGUCUGCCUCGGCUGGGUCACGAGGUCCGUCGUCGUCGACCACGCCAAGCGCGUCCUGCACGUCCAGCACCUGCACGACCCGGCCGCCAAGGGUCAGGCCUGGAUCGACUCGGUCAUCAGGACGCUACGCGCCUCCCCGCGCUGGCGCCACCCUUCCGGUAGCGACGCCGCCGACGAGUUCCAAGGGCAGCAGCAACCGCGUACGCGCCGUGGGUCGAAGCCAGGCCCGGCGUCCAGGGUCCUUUUCAGCGUCUCGUCCAUCGCCAAGCCCGAUGCCGACGAGUACGAGGCCAAGGUUGAGACGUGCCAGGAGUACAUCGCCGCGGGCGAGUCGUACGAGCUCUGCCUCACGGACCAGACGGUCGUGCGGCGACGGCGCGGAUCCGUCGCCCCCGGCUCCUGGCCCGACACGGCAGCCACGGCCGCCAGCGGCAGCGCCGCCGCGGCGCGCGCGCAGAAGCGCCGCCGCCGUAGCUCACUCACCUCACCUCCCCCUUCCUCCUCCUCCACCACCUCCUCGUGGCAGCUCUUCCGCGCGCUGCGCAGCCGACAGCCGGCGCCCUUCGCGUCGUACCUGCGGCUCGGGGGCGCGACGCUGGUCGGCAGCUCGCCCGAGCGGUUUCUGCAGCACGACGAGCGGGGCCUGUGCUCGAUGCGGCCCAUGAAAGGCACCGUGCGCAAGUCGGCGGCGGUCCCCUCGCUCGCGGCCGCCGAGCGCGUCCUGCACGUGCCCAAGGAGGAGGCCGAGAACCUCAUGAUCGUCGACCUGGUCCGCCACGACCUACACGGCAUCUGCGGCGCCGGCGGCGUGGCGGCACGCGACCUCAUGCGCGUCGAAGAGUACAGGAGCGUCUUCCAGAUGACGACCGUCGUCGAGGGCCAGCUGCCGACGACGACGACGACGACGACGACGACGAGCGGGGACGGUGGUGGUGGUAUGGGUGGUGUGGUGGAAAAGUACACGGGUCUCGACGUGCUCGCCGCCAGCCUCCCGCCGGGUAGCAUGACGGGCGCGCCCAAGAAACGUAGCUGCGAGAUACUGCGCGAGGUCGAGGGCCACGUCGAGCGGAGCCUGUACUCGGGUGUCGUCGGCUACAUGUGUGUCUCGGGCAGGGGCGACUGGAGCGUCACCAUCCGGAGCAUGUUCCGCUGGGACGACGAGCCCGGCGCCGACGGCGACGAGGUCUGGAGGAUCGGCGCGGGCGGCGCCGUCACCAUCCUGAGUACGCCCCAGGGCGAGCGCGAGGAGAUGUUUGUCAAGCUCGCGGGGCCGCUUGGCAUCUUUGCCUGCCAAGAGUGA